UGAGAGACUGUUGCUUAGCAACGGAACUCAAACGGUCGCCUCCAACUUUAUUGACAAGUCAGACUGCGAGCACUGCGCUAUACUGGCGCGGUGUAUAAACGUGCUUCGUCUCUGCACCGGUGACACCGCAGGAUAUGAGUGCUGGACGGGCACCCGAGGGUGCUGGCUGCAUCACCUGGUGGGGGUUCAGUCCGGCGCGCGACCUGCUGAGCACAGGCCCCGUGAGGCCUGAAGGGGACAUCAACGUGUUACUGGUUGGCAGCGGAGAUCCACGACAUAUUUUGAAGACCAUUUCUGGUUUGCAGAACCACGAAAACCUUCAUGUGUGGGUGAUAGAAGACAGCAUGGAGGUGGUGGCGCGGCAGCUGCUGCUCCUCUACCUGGCACUGAUGCCAAAGGAAAGCAUGGGAAAUAAUGAGAAGGCCGAGGUUUUCUUGGAGGUGUUUGGGAACGGUGAGAUCCGCAGUCACACUGAAGAGAGACUGAGACGCGCGGCAUCGCAGCUCACCGUGUCUGUCGCCGAGUCUCUGGAGACGGCGACCCACCCGGCGCUGAACACGGCUCUCCUCAAGUUCAAGGAGCGAGAUGAGCUGGCCAGGAUAUUCCAGAUGUGGACCCGGCCUCGGCCUUCGUCGUCCUCAUCUGAGUGCGCUGUCCCCGUCUCGAUGUCCAAAGCCUGGGAUUAUCGGGUCAGGCAGCACCUCGGAACGCGCUACGACUCCAAGAAGAACUGCUUUGACUGGGACCUCUCCAUGAAACUAUACGAGAAAGGGUGCGGCGUCAUCAGCAAACAACAAUAUGCACGAUGGAGGGAACAGGGUUUGGCGUUCGAAAUGAGGGAAGGUGUCUACCAAAUAAGCAAUCCGAGUUUGCUCUCGUCCAGAGUGUUCCGUCAAAAAGGGGGGAAAGUGUCUUACAGGGGCUACUGGGGGGACAUUGUUUCCAGUCCUUAUCUCUCCUUCGGGAUUGAAACCGAUGACAAGAACCUGCUCAGGACACAGAAUGGGCAACACAUCUCGACGGCCCAGGAUAUCUCUGUUGCAAAUGUGCAAGAAUUGUUCCAGUCCCUGUCCAGAAGACGGGGCCGCUCCAUCACCUCUCAGUCGGAGGUAAAGGCGGAGGAGGCGUCUCCUGAGGCUGAUCUGAAAUCUGUCCCCGUUCACGACUUGAUGCAGCCGGAUGGGAUCUCUGUGACAUUCCUCCCGUUGGACUCACUUUACAAACUGCCAGAAAAACAGAAAUAUUCCCACUUCUUUAACACCAUCUACUUCUCUGCCAGCUGCGUGCACCUGCUGGGCCCGACGAUUCGGCAGAUUGCAGCACCAGACGCCGUGCUGGUCGUGGAGCUGGCAAAGUACAUUUUGGAUCUGACUAAGGAGCAAGCAGCAGGCUUUGCAGAGAAAGUGGUGAGCACGGCUCUGCAGGCCGAAUUUGAGCCGUGGCGUGACGGGAAGAGUGACGACGUCCAUGCUGUUUUCAUACCACAGAGGAAGUAAAGGUGGUGCAUUUAUUCUGCUCCCCUUGUCAGCAGCUUUACCUUCAACAUAUGCAACAGUCAAGGUGAUAUUGCUUCACAUCAGAGUCACUUUUCAGGAUCUUAUGCAGACAGAAUUUAUUUUUCCUCCAUAAGGAAGUUUACCAGCCACAGAAAUCUUUCUUCUUUUUCUUUUUUUGUCACUGUGAACUUUCUAGUGUUUGGAUUUUAUAACAAUAAAUAAAGAAAUUUAAUUUAGAAUUUGAAUGACACUGCAAGAAAAAUAUCCAUUUUAUGUAUUUCAACAAAUACAGAUGCAAUUGCCAUGGAUGUAUUGUAAUAAAUGCCACACAAAAAUC